UUGUCAUUUAUAUAUUUACAUUAUAUGUUCAACCGUUUUCAACUUGUCAACUAUCAAGAAUUAAGUUUAGAAAAUGACCAGCCGAUCUAUACUGCAAGUGUUUGAAGACUUUCAAAAGGCCCGAUUAACAUUUUCACAGACGAUAGCAGACUUGGCUUUGAGGCCGCAGAAUGUUCAAAUUAUGAAAAAUGCAAAUGUUUUAGAUCUGCUAAAACCGCUUAUAAACGAUAUUAUUCCCUCCGUAAGGCAAUGCGCUUCGAUAGCCCUGGGACGUUUAGUUCACAACGAUUCUGAAAUUGCAACUGAACUGAUAGAAACUGGACUACUUCCGAUCUUAUUACAGAAUGCAUCAUCGGGAAAUAAAUAUCAGAAAACUGCUGUAUUGUUUGUACUUCGGUCUAUUUGCAAGCAUAACGAGAGGAUGGCAGAAAUUAUUGUAAAAAGUGGAGGUUUACAAACAUUCAUAUUUUGUCUCGAAGACUUCGAGCUUUCGGUAAAAGAAUCGGCAGCUUGGGGAGUAGGGUACAUAGCAAGACAUAGUAAACAAAUGGCUCAAGAAUGCGUUAAUCAGGGUGUCCUACCACUAUUGAUGCUUUGUUUGCAAGAACCUGAAUUGAGCGUAAAGCAAAUAGCCACUAGCGCCAUUACCGACAUAGCUAAGCACACUGAAGAUUUAGCUAUGUGCGUUGUUGAUGCUGGAAUUGCACCUUAUUUGGUAAAGAACUUACAUAAUAGUGACGAAAAGUUGAAAAAACAGUCCCUAGCUGCACUAAGUGCAAUUGCACGACAUUCCAUCGAACUGGCUGAAGUGGUUGUAGAAUCUGAAAUAUUUCCUACUGUACUUCAACAUCUUUCGCAUCCUUGUCCUGGUGUACGUCAAAAUGCAGCUGCAGUCGUUAGGGAUAUCGCUAAACAGUCGCAAGAAUUGACACAAUUGGUAGUUAAUUCUGGAGGCAUUGCCGCAUUGUUAGAAAUAAUACUGCAACCUGCAACCAAAGAACCGGAAUCAAGAAAUGAUGCCCGAUUACCUUGCGUCACUGCCUUGGGAUUUAUAGCAGGUCAUUCUGCCCAAUUAGCGAUGACAGUUAUAGGCUGUCGGACAGUCCAGUCGUUGACGGGAAUAUUGAAUGGAUCUACCGAUGACGCUCUCUUAUCUGCCGUUGCGUGGACUAUAAGCCAGAUCGGAAGACAUAGUCCAGAGCAUGCUAAAGCUAUAGCGAGCACAAAUAUUUUUCAAAGAUUAGUAGAACUUUACGAGAGUCCGAAAUCCUCAGUUGACUUAAAAUCGAAAUGUCAUAAUGCCUUGAAGCUCUGUCUACAAAAUUGUUUGCUGGUGAGCGCCUUGGAACCUUUGCUAUUCAACGCUCCUCCUGAAAUCCUCAAGUAUGUUUUGGGUCAAUACAGUAAGGUAAGUAUGAGAAAAAGUGCAGUAAGCUCCGUCAGCACAAAAACAUACGCUCCCAAUAACCUGGAGAUUACAGGUAACAAGAUAAACCUAACAGAAAUUAAACAAGAAAAAAGAAACAAGAUAUUUCCCCGAAAAAAUUUAGUGAUAGAAUCCGCAGAACAGGAAGAACCAAACAUCAUCAUAAAAAGACCGUGCCAAAUUCAAGAAAAUAUCUGUCCGAAAAAACCUCCACUGUACGUCUAUAAAAACUGUUUAAAGACCAACACUACCGAAUACAAAAACACGGAGAUAUUGAGCAAGGUGUUGAGACAAAUUAAGGAAACCUCAAAGGUUGAGGAUUUCGAGAAAAUCCUAAGGAAUCUCUGUCAGAGCGAUAACUUUUUAAACUCUCAAAAAGAAUACAAAAGGAAAAAUAAAACGGACGAAGUCCUGGAGUAUUUUCAGCGUCAAAAUAUUUAUGAUCAGUUUUUCGGACAACAUUAUGAGUACUUGUCGGAAAUACGUGACAAUAAAAGUUAUCCAGAAAGUAUAUUGGAUAAAGUAGAAGAGUAUAGCCCUCACAUGAUGACAGUCUUACGAGAAACUUCGCAAAAUAAUGAAGAAAUGCAGACGGAAAUAAUACAAGCUGUUGUUAAAGAUGAACUGAGCAUAGAGUCUGAAUCGGCUACGGAUAUUGCUGCCCAACCAAACGAAGAAACCUAAAAUGCUUUAUUUAACAAAACAUACAACUGUUUAAUAUAAUCUUUAUAAAAACUAUAUUGUUCCAAAUCAAUUUUAAAGCACA